AUGCGCUGGAUCCCACACGACAUCGAGCCGCCCUCGAGCUCGAAGAAAGAGAAAGACCGCCCGAAGCGCUCGAUACUGAGCAGGAAGCCUGCCGAGCCGAACCAUGGCACGUUGAAGAGGCGUAAAAGCGUGAUUAGUCUUACGUCUGAGGUGGACGAAGAGCUGGAAGCGCGCACGCACAUGCAAGGCCAGAGCGCGUUCUUCGCGAUGCUACCUAUUGAGAUUAGGAAGAUGGUUUACGAGUAUGUUGUUGGGGAAGAAACGGUGCAUUUGUUGUUUGCGAAGAAGCGGUUCGGGCAUUUCAUCUGCAGGGGCGACGGAGGCGACGGGGAGUGCGGGUGUAAGGUACUGGUGGGCGGUUCCCAGUGUGGGAGGCUGAGCGGAGCGUAUACGGAAGCAGCAUCGCACCUCUACUCCCCGCACGUCUUCUCGCUCUUGCACAUUACACACCUGCUCUUCCUCCCCUCACACGUCCCCCAGCAGCGGCUCAAUACCAUCCGUACUUUGCGCCUCAAAUGGACUAUCCGCGGCAUGCCGUAUUUCCGCCGGAAUCCCUCCUCAAAGCGGCCCGCAUAUCCGGAGGAUACAGCGAAUUGGGAGAAGGGCUGGGAUAUUCUGGCACGCAUGAAGUCGCUCAGGGACCUGAGAGUUUCCAUCAUAGAUCCCAGCCCAGAAGGAAUUUGGGAGGGGCAUUGGUUAGGGGUAGAGGAGAUUUUGGUGGACGCGGUGAAGAGGGUGAGAACGCCGAGAGAAUAUGAAGUCGUUCUGCCCUAUGCGAGUUGUCGGGUUGACUGGGAUAUGGGAGGGUGUAAUGUUAGGCUGACGAGGCCAAUCUUGGAGGAAGGAGAGGCGGAUUGA